AUGGUGGCGGGUUUGAAGGAGGGGCUGGAGGAGGCGACACUGAGUUCAAAGGCCACAGCUGACUUCUACUGUUCUGAGUUCUCCACUGGCAGGAAGUCUGCCAAACUGGCCUCCAUCCAUCUUUACAAGAGGAACGUCUUUGUGCGUGACCAUGUGAACAGCUGUGUUCUUGGGAUUCCAGCUGACAUCUGGACAGGACUCCGCGAUCAUACAUAGGAUGGAACCAAAGGGCAGUUUGAAUGGGCUGCCAGCUCAUCCUAUGACUACAGCUACUGGGAUGCGAGCUGGCCAGAUGACAGUGUCUGUGCAGACCCAGAAGAGGAGAACUGUGUGCAGAUAUGGUACCGACCCACCAGAACUCUGAGGUCAUAAAAUGAUGACACCUGAAAGUUCCCCUUUGUCAGCAAGAUCACAUCUCUGACAAUUUAUUGA